GAAAAACGCGUUUUUAUCCGGACGUCUGCGAGGCGCCGUAGUCUGUUGGUUCAGGACAGAAUCAGACACCGCUGAAAUACAAGUCAAAUUAUUAUUAAACAGCCAGCCAGCUAGAUAAUAAUCAUAAUCAUGAGUCGAUCGUACAAUGACGAGUUACAAUAUUUGGACAAGAUUGACAAGAACUGCUGGCGAAUCAAGAAAGGUUUCGUCCCGAAUAUGCAGGUGGAAGGAGUGUUUUACGUCAACGAGUCCCUGGAGAAGCUGAUGUUUGAGGAGCUGCGUAACGCGUGUAAAGGAGGAGGUUUUGGUGGGUUUCUCCCUGCCAUGAAACAGAUUGGAAACGUUGCAGCUCUGCCUGGAAUAGUCCAUAGGUCCAUCGGCCUGCCAGACUGCCACUCGGGGUAUGGGUUUGCCAUCGGAAACAUGGCUGCCUUCGACAUGAGCGACCCCAACGCUGUCGUAUCCCCAGGUGGUGUGGGGUUUGAUAUUAACUGUGGAGUGCGUCUACUGAGGACCAACCUGGAUGAGGGGGACGUCCAGCCAGUCAAGGAACAGCUGGCUCAGGCCCUGUUCGACCACAUCCCCGUCGGAGUCGGGUCCAAGGGAGUCAUCCCCAUGACCGCCAAGGAUCUAGAGGAGGCUCUAGAGAUGGGAGUGGACUGGUCCCUGAGAGAAGGCUAUGCCUGGGCGGAGGACAAGGAGCACUGUGAGGAGUACGGCAGGAUGCUGCAGGCCGACCCCAACAAGGUCUCCUCCAAGGCCAAGAAGAGAGGCCUGCCUCAGCUGGGUACUCUGGGGGCAGGAAACCACUACGCUGAGAUACAGGUGGUGGAUGAGAUCUAUAAUGACUAUGCAGCGAAGAAGAUGGGCAUCGACCACAAGGGCCAGGUUUGUGUGAUGAUCCACAGUGGCAGCAGAGGGCUGGGUCACCAGGUAGCUACAGAUGCCCUGGUUGCCAUGGAGAAGGCGAUGAAGCGAGACAAGAUCCAGGUGAACGAUCGCCAGCUGGCUUGCGCCCGUAUCUUUUCGGAGGAGGGACAGGACUACCUGAAAGGAAUGGCCGCCGCCGGAAACUAUGCCUGGGUCAACCGUUCCUCUAUGACCUUCCUCACGCGACAGGCCUUUGCCAAGGUGUUCACCACCACUCCUGAUGACCUGGACAUGCAUGUGAUCUAUGACGUGUCUCAUAACAUCGCCAAGGUGGAGGAACACAUGGUAGAUGGGAAACAGACGACUCUGCUGCUGCACCGCAAGGGAUCCACCCGGGCCUUCCCCCCUCACCACCCGCUCAUCCCUGUAGACUACCAGGUACUCCCCCCUCACCACCCGCUCAUCCCUGUAGACUACCAGCUGACAGGCCAGCCGGUGUUGAUCGGGGGCACGAUGGGCACCUGCAGUUACGUCCUGACGGGCACAGAGCAGGGCAUGACGGAGACCUUCGGCACCACCUGCCACGGAGCGGGUCGGGCUCUGUCUCGGGCCAAAUCCCGCAGGAACAUCGACUUCCAGGACGUGUUGGAUAAGCUGGCAGACCAGGGUAUCGCCAUCAGGGUGGCUUCGCCCAAACUGGUCAUGGAAGAGGCUCCAGAGUCGUACAAAAACGUGUGUGAUGUCGUCAACACGUGUCACGAUGCUGGAAUCAGCAAGAAAGCCAUUAAACUACGACCCAUCGCUGUGAUCAAGGGUUAAGGCCGUGUCACUCCAUCCAGGAGCCAAUCACCAGGCAGAGAGCUGGCAGAGGAGCCAAUGGAGAAGUGUCUGACUGCGAGUGAGCGUGUCCGUCUUCAUAAACAGACUUGACAAGGGAUCGGUUUCCUCAGCUCCGCUUCCUGCUUAAUGACCAGUAUGAUUUUUUUUGUGACAUGGGGGUGGGUGGGUGUUUUGGCCGAUCAAUGAAAUUAAGACAGGACGGGCUCUUUAAAUAUUGUAAGAUUUGAUAGGGUGAAGGUGUCUUGUUUACUUUUAGUUCAUCGCAAAUCACUGUGGAAUAUCACCUUGAGAUACAGGUUAACCACAGAUAAUAAAAUACAAGAGAAGAGAUUUAUGUAUCUGCA